AUGGAGAUCCAGUUGCCUGAGGUGCCGUUGUUGAGAAUCUUCUCCUUUCUGGAUGUAUUCAGCUUGCUACAGGUUUCCAAAGUGAACAAGUCCUGGAAGAAAGUUGCAGAGACUGAAUCCCUGUGGAGAAAACUGUGUCUGAAAAAAUGGAGCUUCUGCAGUUUCACUCAGCUUCAGGGCACACAGACAUGGAAGAACUUUUUUCUCUGCCUAACGAGACAGGAGCGCCAGAUGGCCUUGGCACAGCCACAGGACUUUAACCUCAAAGUAAAAAGGGGCAAAAUCGGAGUCAUAGGACCUAUGGCUUACCUCUCAGGCAAUGGCCACACAAUGGAUGAACAGGAAAAGUCAAUUUUGUGCGCCGUGUCAUCCAACCAGAGACUGCUUGCCUGGGACGUGCAGGAGGGUGUUAUAAUCUGGGCAAGCCCGGUCCAAAGGUCUCCGUUCUUGAAUAUCGUAACUCUCCCUCAUAUGCAUCUUGCAUUCACUGUGAAUAUGGAGGGAAUCAUCAAAAUGUGGAAUUGUCGGGACAAAGAGGAUUUGGGUACUCUCAAACUGCCCAAUUGCUGUUUUUCCUUGGAUGUUGGUGCUACUGUGGAGCGCUCGUUCCUGGUGGUGGGCAGCCUUAGUGGUGACAUCUACACAUUUACUGUGCCUGAGUUAAAGGAAGUUUCAAAAAUAAAAGCAUUUCAAUAUAGUGUUGAUUUUCUGAACUUCUCUUCUGACAAGAAAUGGCUGUUUGCAGAUGGAACCCAACAAGGCACAUUGCCAACAAUAUUUUUGACAGAGUGCUUACUGAACCCAGCAAGAAACCAGGUUCCUGCAAUUCUCUCAGUCCCAUAUUCAUCAUGCUGCAAAGCCACCUGGGCCCCAAGGAGACCAAACAGGAUCAUAGUGAUGUUCCGAAAAGACUCGGUCAAUGCAAUAGGGUUUAUCACCUUUGACAUAACAGCUGAGAGGACUGAAGGCAAAAUAGUCAUUACAGCAAGUCAGAUCGCAAGUUUCCGGCUGCCAGCUCACAUGGAGAUUCCUAUGUGGAUGGGAGUUGGUGACGGGAGCACAAUUGCUUUUGAGAGCGGAUCCUCCCUGUUCCUUUUCACCAUCAAUGGCCUCCAAGUACAACAAUUCGAGCAUCACCAGAAGAACAUUGGCUGCAUAUGGACGGACUCUGUCCAUGUGCUCACCACAGCCAUGGAUGACUCUUUGCACAUGUACAUGUGGGAAGAAGGAGACAGUCAUCCAUAUCUCAAGAGCUGCUUUCAUCUGCAAUAUAAGGACACUGUUGGUUGUGCACCAAACUGCUAUAUCUCCAGAGCCAUCUGUGAUAAUGUGAGCAUAGUGUACGCGGUGUCAAAAGUCCGUGAAUCCAGCUUGCUGUUGAUGUAUUCCUUGAAAAAGAACAAUGAAAAUUAA